AUGUCUACGAUCGAGACUGGACCGACGUCCGUCGACGUUUCAGCGUCGUACUUGAGCGCCCGCACCGUAUUCGUCCUCUUCGGCUUCUGGGCGGCGUACCAGGUCUUCAAGGCCUUGUACAACAUCUCGCCUCUGCACCCUCUGAGCCACAUUCCCGGCCCGAAGUUGGCUGCCGCAACCUACAUCCCGGAAUUCUACCACGAUGUAAUCAGAUUCGGACGGUAUACCAGGGAGAUUCAGCGCAUGCACCGGGUCUAUGGCCCCAUUGUUCGCAUCAACCCCAAUGAGGUGCACUGCAACGAUGCCAACUUCUCCGACGAGAUCUACGCCGUCAGUGGUCGCAAGCGUGACAAGCCUGUUCACCAGAUCAACGGCUCGGCUCUGGGCGAGUCUGGAUUUGGAACUGUCGACCACGACCUGCACCGCGGUCGCCGUGGCCCCCUCGCCAAGUUCUUCUCCCGCGGCAUGAUUGCUCGCCUCGAGAGCGAUGUUCACGCCUUGGUCCAGAAUCUUUGCGACAAGUUGCUGAACGAAUCCGGAAAGGAGGCAUUCGAUGUCACCAUGGCCUACAGCUGCUUCACUUCCGAUGCGAUUUCCGGUUACUGCUUUGGCGAGAGCUUCGGAUUCUUGCAGCAGGAAGGCUGGUACCCCAACUUCCGUGCCCCGACUGCUUCCAUUCUCCGACCUGUCUUCAUCUUCCGUUUCUUCCCCUGGACCAAGUCUAUGGCUGUUCUUGGAGAGUGGUUCAUCAACUUCUUGCCCGAGGAUAUUGCUCUUCUUAUCCAGACUCUCAAGAUCGAUAUCCCGAACAAGGUCAAGAAGACCAAGAGCGAGCUCGAUGCCGGUAUCCGACAUGAGCGCCCCACAGUCUUUGGAUCCCUUCUGGAGUCGGACUUGACCUUGCUCGAAAAGCAGCCCCAGCGAUUGGCCGACGAGGCCGCCGCGGUCGUUGGAGCCGGAACCGAGACGACCAGCUGGGCUCUGUCUGUCAUCACCUACCACCUCUUGACUAAGCCCGAACUUUUGACGAAGCUCCGCAACGAGCUUAACGAGGUUGUCGACGAUCCCCAGCACUUGCCUUCCUGGACCUCCCUCGAAAACCUCCCGUACCUCGGUGCCGUCCUCCAGGAGGGUCUCCGCCUUUCCUACGGUGUCUCUGCCCGUACCGCCAGAAUUCCCACCCAGGAAAACCUGGUUUACCGCGGCGAGUUCAACAAGAAGCGUGUCGAAUAUGUGAUCCCUUGCGGCUACGCCGUCGGAAUGUCUGCCGCUAUCACUCACCACGAGGAGGGCGUCUUCCCCGACUCCUACGAGUUCAUUCCCGAGAGAUGGCUGGACGAGAACAACAACCGCAGGAAGGACGUUGAGAAGGGAAUGCUGGCUUUCUCCAAGGGUAGCAGAGGUUGUCUCGGCAUGAACCUCGCAUUGUGCGAGAUGAACUUGUGCCUGACAGCACUGGUUCUGCGCGUUCUCCCCAAGAUGCAACUUUUCGAUACCGAAGACGAGGAUCUCGCGUACGACCAUGACAUGUUCGUGCCCGAGCCGGCCAAGGGCACGACUGGAGUCCGGGUCAAGAUCGCCUAG